AUGGACAACAACAAAGACCUUCUCGCCAAAGCGAAGGAGUACUCGGCCAACAACGUGGACCUCUACGACUUGCUGCAGAUCGAGAGCACCGUCACCGAGGAGAAGGACGUCCGCCGCGCGUGGCGCAAACAGUCGCUCAACUACCACCCGGACAAGCUCAAGGAAGCCUUUGACCCAGAAAAAUGGGAGCUCAUCGAGACGGCGCGCGACAUACUGCUCGACGCCGCCGCCCGCGCCGCCUACGACAACGCCCGCAAGGCUGUCCUCCUGCGCAAGGCCGAACGCGACCGCGUCCAGGGUCAGCGCAAGCGGCUUAUUGACGAGCUUGAGGCCGCGGAGCAAGAGGGGAAGAGACAAAAGCUCGCAGAGCAGGAGAAGGCCCGCGAGCUGGAGCGGGAGAGGGCGCGGCUCGCCGAAGAGGGACGCCGGCGCAUGGCGGAGGAGUCGGAGAGGUUCAAGCGUGAGAACCUGGAGCGGCUAGAGAGGGAGAGGGAGCCCGAUGAAUACGACGAAAAGUUGGCCGAGUUGCAACAACGGCUAGAUGAGAAGAGGCGACAAAAGGCGGAGAAGAAGGCAAAGAAGAAGGGCGGCGCGGCGGGUGAUGCUGUCGACGUUGCCACUCCUGCGGCAGCAAACGCACCAGAAUUAGCACCAAAAGCGACUCCAGCAGCAGCGCCCCCCAAAUGGGAGGACCUCAAGGCACGGAUGAUCGCGGCCCAGAGGCUUAAAGAAGCAAGAAAGGCUGCUGAAGCUGGGCAAGCGACCGAGGAAGAGGUCAAGCAAAAAUACGAGACAUUUCGGGCUCUCGACCCGAGGUAA